ACCAUUUUAGUGAUAGGAAGGACAGUUGAAGAGGCACACUCUGACUGUCUGUCAGAGUUAGUGGUUUUAUUGUUUGUAUCAAAUAUAAAUUAGUUUUGUGUGGCACAUCCACUGACACCUGGUAUUAUACAAGAUGGCAAUGGUUUCAAUGGCAUUCUCGCUCCCUUCCUUAACUCCUCCUAAAUUUCGCCGAGUCAACAGGUAUUCGAGAGGUAUGGCAUAUGCAAGUGUGAGUAAAGAAGCGUUAGGAGUGCGAGUGACAGAAGGGGAAGGCAACUUGCCUAAGGUUGUGCUCACUUCUGCUGGGGGUAGCGAGGCUGAUAUAUACUUAUAUGGAGGUUGUGUCACAUCCUGGAAAGUUGCAAAUGGCAAGGACCUCCUUUUUGUUCGGCCAGAUGCUGUAUUUAAUAAGAAAAAACCAAUCAGUGGUGGCCUUCCACAUUGUUUCCCUCAGUUUGGACCUGGCCCAAUACAGCAGCAUGGAUUUGCAAGGAAUUCGGAUUGGUCCAUUGUUGAUUCUGGAAACGUGGAAGGAAAUCCUGUUAUAACUCUAGAACUAAAGGAUGGUCCUUACAGUCGUUCCAUGUGGGAUUUUAGCUUUCAAGCUUUAUACAAGGUCAUUCUAAAUACAAAAAGCCUUUCCACCGAACUAUCAAUUACAAAUACAGACAAUAAGCCAUUUUCAUUUUCUACUGCCUUGCAUUCAUACUUCCAUGCUUCUGUAACAGGGGCAUCAGUGAAAGGUUUGAAAGGGUGCAAAACUCUGAAUAAAGAUCCAGAUCCAAAGAAUCCCCUGGAGGGCAAGGAAGAAAGGGAUGUGGUCACUUUUCCUGGAUUUGUAGAUUGCGUCUACCUGGAUGCACCUAAUGAAUUGCAACUUGAUAAUGGCUUGGGUGAUAUAAUAUCUAUCAGGAACACAAAUUGGAAGGAUGCUGUUUUGUGGAACCCAUAUCUGCAGAUGGAAGCUUGCUACAAAGAUUUUGUUUGUGUUGAAAAUGCACAGAUUGAAAAUGUCCAGCUAGAGCCUGAACAAUCUUGGACAGCCACACAGCAUCUUAGCGUUGGUUGAAGUGUACCUGAGCACUGUUGUUAAAUUUUGUAGAACUAAUCCAAAAAAUAAUGUCUUCGAGUUUUGAUUUGAGUUUUGCAAAUCUUUCCAGCUUUAAAAGAAAACAAUUUGGCUUGUCCAAGGAUCUUAAUAAUUUCAUAUCAAAUUAUGUAUCUAUAUUGGAAUUUCCAUUCGAUACACUACAAAUUCCAUGAGCAUGAUGCAGUUGACAAUC